AUGAAUAGCUUAUAUGAAAUAUGUACACAGUGUGAGAGGUCAACUGCUUCAUUUUCCUGGUGUCAGUCGUGUGAUCCUUUAAAUACCACACAAGAAUGGACUAGUGGAAAUAAGGAUAUCGAUAAUUAUAUUAAAGAAUUUCAACUUAAAAGUACAAGCUACUUAAGCGUAAUUGAGUGGAUUCCGUUUAAUAGGUUAUCUAACUUACAUAAAAUUGGAUCAAAUUUUCAAGCAUUGUGGUUAGAUGGAAUACGAAAAGUCAAAAACAAUACACGGUCACGUAUAUUAUCUUAUCCGGUUGAAGUUAAGAAAUUUAAUAAUUCACAAAUCAACGCAUUAGAAUUUAUAAAAGAAUUUAAAAAUUACAUGCAAUUAGGAGAUAAUGGACAUAAACUAUACGGAAUAACACAGAAUACAACUAAUCAAUUCAUGAUUGUAUUUGAUUACAAAAGGGAUAUUAAGUGUGGAAAAUGUACACAGUGCGAGAGAUAUAAUACAUCAAAAGCCUGGUGUCAAUCAUGUGACCCUUUUAAAACAACCCAAGGGUGGACAAGUGAGAAUAACGAUAUCGAUGAUUGCAUCAAAGAGUUUCAACUUAAAAGUAGAAUAUAUGCAAAUGUAAUCGAAUGGAUUCCAUUUAAUAGAUUAUCUAAUUUGCGCAAAAUCGGAUCAAAUUUUCAAGCAUUAUGGUUAGAUGGAAUACGAAAAGUUAAAAAUAAUACACAAUCACGUACAUUACCUUAUCCAGUUGAAGUUAAGAAAUUUAAUAAUUCACAAACUGACGCAUUAGAAUUUAUAAAAGAAUUUAAAAAUUACAUGCAAUUAGGAGAUUAUAAAUGCAAAAUAUACGGAAUAACACAGGAUACAACAACUAGUAAAUACAUGAUUGUAUUUGAUGAUUUUUAUCACAAAAGGGAUAUUAAAUUUGGAAAAUGUACACAGUGCGAGAGAUAUAAUACAUUAGAAGCUUGGUGUCAAUCAUGUGAUCCUUUUAAAACAACUCAAGGAUGGACUAGUGGAAAUAGUGAUAUUGAUGAUUGUAUUAAAGAGUUUCAACUUAAAAGUAAUAUAUAUGCAAAUGUAAUCGAAUGGAUUCCAUUUAAUAGGCUGUCUAAUUUGCAAAAAAAAGGUGGAAAUUUUCAAGCACUAUGGUUAGAUGGAAUACGAAAAGUAGAAAAUAACGCACAAUCACGUACAUUAUCUUAUCCAGUUGAAAUUAAGAAAUUUGAUAAUUCACAAACUGACGCAUUAGAAUUUAUAAAAGAAUUUAAAAAUUACAUGCAAUUAGGAGAUGAUGAACAUAAACUAUACGGAAUAACACAGGAUACAACUAAUCAAUUCAUGAUUGUAUUUGAUUACAAAAGGGAUAGUAAAGAUGGAAAAUGUACACAGUGCGAGAGAUAUAAUACAUCAGAAGCUUGGUGUCAAUCAUGUGACCCUUUUAAAACAACCCAAGGAUGGACAAGUGGAAAUAAGGAUAUCGAUGACUGCAUUAAAGAGUUUCAACUUAAAAGUAGAAUAUAUGCAAAUGUAAUCGAAUGGAUUCCAUUUAAUAGGUUAUCUAAAUUGCACGAAAUCGGAUCAAAUUUUCAAGCAUUAUGGUUGGAUGGAAUACGAAAAGUCGAAAAUAAUACACCGUCACGUUCAUUACCUUAUACAGUUGAAAUAAAGAAAUUUAAUGAUUUACAAAUUGACACAUUGGAAUUUAUAAAAGAAUUUAAAAAUUACAUGCAAUUAGAAGAUUAUAAAUGUCAAAUAUACGGAAUAACACAGGAUACAACAACCAAUCAAUACAUGAUUGUAUUUGAUAAUUUUUAUUACAAAAGGAAUAUUAAAUUUGGAAAAUGUACACAGUGCGUGAGAAAUAAUACUUCAGAAGCCUGGUGUCAAUCAUGUGACCCUUUUAAAGUCACUCAAGGAUGGAAUAGCGGAAAUAAUGACAUCGAUGACUACAUUAAAGAGUGGCAACUUAAAAGUACAAGAUAUGAAGAUGUAAUUGAGUGGAUUCCAUUUAAUGAGUUGUCUAACUUACACAAAAUCGGAUCAAAUUUUCAAGCAUUGUGGUUAGAUGGAAUACGAAAAGUCGAAAACAAUACACAGUCACGUACAUUAUCAUGUGUAAUUAAACUUGAGAAAUUGGAUGAUUUACAAAUUGACACAUUAAAUUUGAUAAAAAAAUUGAAAGUUUUUAUGCAAAAGAGGGUUAAUGAACGCAAAAUAUGCGGAAUAACACAUGAUAAAACAACUGGUCAUUAUAUGAUUGCAUUUGAUGAUUUUUAUUACAAAAGAGAUAUUAUAUAUGGAAAGUGUAUACAGUGCGGGAGAUAUAAUACUUCAGAAGCCUGGUGCCAGUCGUGUGAUCUUUUUAAAACUGUUCAAGGAUGGACUAGUGGAAAUAAUAACAUCGAUGAGUGUAUUAAAGAGUUUCAACUUAAAACUACUAAAUAUGAAGACGUCAUUGAGUGGAUUCCUUUUUAUAAGUUAUCGAACUUGCAAAAGACAAGAGAAUUCGAGUUUAAGGCACAGUGGUUAGACGGAAUACGAAAGGUCGAGUCACUUGAACUUAAAAAAUUUGAUGAUUCACAAAUUGACGCAUUGGAAUUUAUCAAAAAAUUUAAAAAUUAUAUGCAAUUGAAGGAUAUUAAAUUGUACGGAAUAACACAAGAUACAACAAAUAAUCAAUAUAUGAUUGUAUUUGAUGAUUUCCAUUAUGGAAGAGAUAUUAUAUAUGGAAAAUGUGCACAUUGCAAUAGAUAUAAUACUUCAGAAGCCUGGUGCCAAUCAUGUGACCCUCUUAAAGUAAUUCAAGGAUGGACUAGUGGAAAAAAUGAUAUUGAUGAUUGCAUUAAAGAGUUUCAACUUAAAAGUACAAGAUAUAAAGAUGUAAUUGAAUGGAUUCCAUUUAAUAGGUUAUCUAACUUACAAAAAAUAGACGAAUCCAAAUUUUAUGCAUUAUGGCUUGAUGGAAUACGAAAAGUCAAAAACAACACACGAUUGCGUCAGUUCCCAUGUUUAGUAGAGCUUCAAAAAUUUGAUGGUUUACAAACUGAUGCAUUAGAAUUUAUAAAAGAAUUUAAAAGUUUUAUGCAAUUUGAGAAUAAUGGGCAUAAAAUAUUUGGGAUAACUCAAAAUGCGUCAUCGAAACAAUAUAUGGCAGUAAUUGAUUAUUGCAUUUCUAAGAGAGAUGAGAAAUACGGAGUAUGCAGGUGGGGUAAGCAUUAUAACACUUCGAGAGGCUGGUGUCAAUCGUGUGAUCCUUUUGAAACGACUCAAGUAUGGGCAAGUGAAAGUAUUGAUGUAGAUGAUUGUAUCAAAGAAUUUCAAUUUAUGGUCACCGAAUAUGAUAAAGUAAUAGAAUGGAUCCCUUUUGAUAGAUUAAAUAAUAUACAACAGAUCGGGAAAGGAGGAUUUGGUAGCGUUUUUUCCGCAAACUGGAUAGACGGAAAAAGAAAGGUUCUAAAUAACGGCAAA